AUGGCAGCGCCAACGAGCUGCUCGGCCGGCAAGGGUUGGGAAACGAGUGCGUCCUGUUGCCUCGGGGUACUGCCCGUGGACGUGGCCUUUGUGCAACUGCAUGCUUUCUCUGUAGUUGGCGAGAGGCUCGCUUCGGGUGCCGAACGAACGCCGCUGUCGCAGGUGCUGCCUCGGCGCUGGACACCGCUGCACCCGGCGAGCCUGCAAGAUCGCAAACGAGCGUGGGUGCUCGGGCAAGUCCUGCAGAGACACCGGAGCUCGAGUGCUCUGCAAGGGUCCCGUGUUGGGCGCCCGCAGGCUGCGAUUGUGCAGCUGCGAGCGUCGCUUGACCGCAGCGCACUGGCAGGUAUGUCCUUGGCUCAAGCGGGCUUCCUCGUGAUAGGCGCACGUGAGCCGGUCCUCCUGGACGUGGGCCCACUGCACCAGGUUGACGUCACUAUGUUGCUGACGGGUGUAGCGACGGUUGGCGGUGUUCUCGUAGGACUCUUGAUCGCGUUCAUUAUCUCUCGGCAGUGA